AUGCUUCUUCUCUUCUUUUCUUCUCAUUGUCAUUUUUCUUCUUCUACUUUUUCUUCUUCUUCUUAUUCUUCUUCUACUUUUCCUCUUCCUCCUUCUUCUCCCUUUUUCUUCUUCUCCCUUCUUCUUCUUCUUCUUCUUCUUCUUAUUUCUUUUCUUCUCAUUGUCAUUCUCCUUCUUCUACUUUUUCUUCUUAUCAUUCUUCUUCUUUUCCUCUUCCUCCUUCUUCUCCCUUUUUCUUCUUCUCCCUUCUUCUUCUUCUUCUGCCUUCUUCUCCCUUCUUCUUCUUCUCUUAUUUCUUUUCUUCUCAUUGUCAUUCUCCUUCUUCUACUUUUUCUUCUUAUCAUUCUUCUUCUUUUCCUCUUCCUCCUUCUUCUCCCUUUUUCUUCUUCUCCCUUCUUCUUCUUCUUCUCCCUUCUUCUUCUUCUUCUUCUCCCUUCUUCUUCUUCUUCUUCUUCUUCUUCUUCUUCUCUUAUUUCUUCUCUUCUCAUUGUCAUUCUCCUUCUUCUACUUUUUCUUCUUAUCAUUCUUCUUCUUUUCCUCUUCCUCCUUCUUCUCCCUUCUUCUUCUUCUUCUUCUUCUCAUUGUUAUUCUUCUUCCUCUUCUGCUACUUCUCCUACUUCUUCCUCCUCUUCUUCUUGUUAUUCUAGUUCUUCUUCUCUUCCUCCUUUUCUUCUCAUUGUCAUCCUUCUUCUACUUCUCCUCCUCCUCCUUUCUUUUCUUCUUUUUAUCAUUCUUUUUCUUUUCCUACUUCUUCUUCUCCCUUUUUUCUUCUUCCCACUGUCAUUCUUCUUCUUCUUCUGCCUCGUCCUCUUCUUGUCAUUCUUUUUCUUCUUAUUUUUCUUCUACCUCUCCUCCUCCUUCUUCCUCCUUCUUCCUCCUCUUCUUCUUCGCCUCCUCCUACUCCUUCUUCUUCUUCUCAUUCUUCUUCUUUUCAUUGUCAUUCUUCUUCUUCUUCUCCACCUUCUUUUCUUCUCAUUGUCUUCUUCUCCUACUACUCCUUCUUCUUCUUUCUCUUCUUCUUCUUCUUCUUCUUAUCGUUCUUCUUCUCUUCCACCUCUUCCUCCUCUUUCUCCAUCCUUUUCUUCAUCUUCCCAUUUUCAUUCUUCUUAUUCUUCUACUUCUACUUCUUCCUCUUCUUCUUCUUGUCAUUUUUCUUUUCUUCUUCUUCUCAUUUUCAGUCUUCUCCGCCUUCUCCUCCUUCUCCUUCCCAUUUUCAUUCUUCUUCUUCUCCCCGUUAUCAUUCUUCUUCUCCUCCUCUUUUUUGAUAUCUCCAACCUUUAUCUAAUAUUUCUUCUUCUUCUUCUUCUUCUUCUUCUUCUUCUUCUUCUUCUUCUUCUUCUUCUUCUUCUUCUCUCACUCUUUUUUGAUAUCUCCAGCCUUUAUCUAAUAUUUUUCUUCUUCUUCUUCUUCUUCUUCUUCUUCUUCUUCUUCUUCUUCUUCUUUCUUUUCUUCUUCUACUUCUUAUCAUUCUUCUUCUUUACCUCCUCUUCUUUCUUCUACCUCCUUUUCUUCUUCUUCCCAUUGUUAUUCUUCUUCUUCUUCUUCUUCGUGUCAUUGUCAUUCUUCUACUACUACUACUUCUUCUUCUUCUUCUUCUUCUUCUCAUUGUCUUUUUCUACCUCUCCUCCUCCUACUUCCUCCUCCUCCUCCUCCUCUUCUUCUCCUCCUCCUGCUCUUCUUUCUUCUUCUUCUUCUUCUUCUGGAAGUGCCUGCGCUAUUAUUGACGAAAUCAUGUCGAAAAUUACGAUCUAUUUGUCAACGUAUCUAUCCAUCCAUCUAUGUCACUUUAACAUCUUAUCUAUCUCUAUAUCUCAGCUGGUUCAAAUUAAUUUGUCGAUAUAUCUCAUUUUAAAAUCUUCCUUCAAUAUAUAUCUAUCUAUCUAUUCAUUAUCUAUGUAUCUCAGUCUAUCUAUCUAUCUAUCUAUCUAUCUAUCUAUCUAUCUAUCUAAGUCGAUUCAUUAUCUAUGUAUCUCAGUCUAUCUAUCUAUCUAUCUAUCUAUCUAUCUAUCUAAGUCGAUUCAUUAUCUAUGUAUCUCAGUCUACCUAUCUAUCUAUCUAUCUAUCUAUCUAUCUAUCCUAGUCUAUUCAUUAUCUAUGUAUGUCAGUCUAUCUAUCUAUGUAUCUAUCUAUCUCAGUCGAUUCAUUAUCUAUGUAUCUCAGUCUAUCUAUCUAUCUAUCUAUCUAUCUAUCUAUCUAUCUCAGUCGAUUCAUUAUCUAUGUAUCUCAGUCUAUCUAUCUAUCUAUCUAUCUAUCUAUCUCAGUCGAUUCAUUAUCUAUGUAUCUCAGUCUAUCUAUCUAUCUGAGUCUGGUCAUAAUUGUCUCAGCCGGUUCCUCUCUCUCUCUGGUUCAUUUCUCUCUCUCUCUCUCUCUCUCUCUCUAUCUAUUAAUCUAUUUAUCUAUUUCAGUCUGUUCAUAUCUAUCUCACUCAGCAGGUUCAUAUCUAUCUAUCUAUCUAUCUAUCUAUCUAUCUAUCAUGUUUGCGCGCGAACUUCAUUGCUUCUGAACCUCCUUCUUUAUUCUUUAUUCAUGUACAAAGAACUGCGUUUCUAG